AUGGGCGAACCUAACGGCACAAGUACACCCAUCCCUGAUCUCUCUGCCGCGACGCAGGUUCGACCUGGUGGUGCUCCAGCUCGCGUAUAUCUGAAUGAUAAGAUUGUGCCACAUCUGUUGGAAGGGAUGAAGUCGAUUGCUAAGGAUCAGCCGGCUAACCCGUUACGUGUGCUUGGUGAAUUUUUGAUUCAGAAGAGUAACGAAUUGGAAGGUGAUGGAAAGAACAGCGAGUAG